AUGUUAUCCUUGCCAAUUCGAACCCUUUGCCGAAGCGCUAGACUUACAUCAGUAAGAGCCAAGCACAGUCUUCCGGAUCUUCCAUAUGACUACAAUGCAUUGGAGCCUGUCAUCUGUACCGAGAUUAUGCAACUACAUCACCAGAAACAUCAUGCGACAUAUGUUAACAAUCUAAACGCCUGCGAGGAGAAGAUUCAUGAGGCUCUUUCAAAAGGCAAUAUCAAAGAAGCGAUUGCUUUGCAACCAGCACUGAAAUUUAACGGCGGUGGUCACAUCAACCACUCAAUUUUCUGGACAAAUUUAGCCAAGGAUGGAGGAGAACCGAGUGCUGAACUAAUGGCUGCCAUAAAGAGAGAUUUUGGAUCAUUGGAGAAGAUGCAGGAAUCUUUGUCGACCGCUACAAUAGCCGUCCAAGGAUCUGGUUGGGGAUGGUUGGGUUAUUGUCCGAAGCAGAAGAAACUGAAGGUGGCAACAUGUGCUAAUCAAGAUCCUCUCGAGCCUACAACCGGGCUAAUUCCAUUGUUUGGAAUAGACGUCUGGGAGCAUGCCUACUAUCUUCAAUACAAAAACGUUCGACCUGACUAUGUGAAAGCGAUUUGGAAGAUUGCCAACUGGAAGAAUAUUAGCGAAAGAUUUGCGAAAGCAAAGUAA